CUCCCGUCAUCCCCCAAAAAAUAUUAAAUUUUGAUUAGCACCCAUUAAAAGAUUGGAUAAAAGGUAAAAUCUUGCGUCAAAAAGUCAAGAUUUUGGUGCUUUGAUCUGAUGCAAUUGGCUAAAAAUUGGUGGUUGAGAGUCUUCAGACGCCAACCUCCUCCAUUUGUUAGAAUCAGCAGCAGAUUUUGCAGCAGCAAAAGGAGAGGGGUAGAUAUGGGGACUUACGCCCAGCUUGCGCAGAGAGCGUUGAAGACUGAGAAUCCUGUCAUGGUUCAGAUUCAAGAACUGAUUCGUUCAGCUGGUCGAGAUGUGACCUCGUUGGCUCAGGGUGUAGUUUAUUGGCAGCCACCUGAGAAAGCAUUGAACAGAGCUAAAGAAAUCGUGUGGGAACCUUCCACUAGUCAUUAUGGUGCUGAUGAAGGCCUUCCAGAACUCCGGCAGGCUUUGAUUGAGAAGUUACGUCGGGAAAAUAAAUUGACCAAGUCUUCUGUUAUGGUGACAGCUGGUGCAAACCAGGCCUUUGUGAACAUUGUCCUUACACUAUGUGAUGCUGGGGACUCUGUUGUUAUGUUUGCACCAUAUUACUUCAAUUCAUACAUGUCCUUCCAGAUGACAGGUGUCACUGAUAUUUUGGUUGGUCCUAGCAAUCCCAAGACCCUUCAACCUGAUGCAGAUUGGUUGGAGAAGGUUCUUACAAAGCAAGAUGAUAAACCACUUCCCAAGCUUGUUUCUGUUGUAAACCCUGGAAACCCAUCUGGUGCCUAUAUCCCAAAACCACUCCUCCAGAGAAUUUCAGAUCUUUGUAAGAGCGCAGGAGCAUGGCUUGUUGUAGAUAACACCUAUGAAUACUUCAUGUAUGAUGGAUUGGAACAUUUUUGUCUAGAAGAUAACCAUAUAGUCAAUAUCUUCUCCUUCUCUAAAGCUUAUGGAAUGAUGGGAUGGCGCAUCGGUUAUAUAGCAUACCCAACAGAGGUUCAAGAUUUUGGACUCCAACUCCUUAAAAUCCAAGACAACAUACCAAUAUGUGCCUCAAUCAUAGGGCAACGCCUCGCUCUCGCCUCUCUAGAGGUGGGUCCCAAAUGGGUCAGAGAGAGAGUACAAAACCUCAUAAAUAACAGAGAAGUGCUCAUCAAGGCGCUCUCUCCUCUCGGAGAAGAUGCAGUUAAAGGUGGAGAAGGGGCUAUUUAUCUCUGGGUAAAGCUCCCUGAGAAAUUCUCCGAUGAUUUCGAGGUUGUUAGAUGGCUUGUAAAGAAACACGGUGUGAUUGUCAUCCCCGGUAGCGCCAGUGGUGGGCCUGGGUACAUUCGGAUAUCCUUUGGCGGGCUGAAGGAGGCUGACUGUGAAGUUGCUGCUCAGAAGUUGAAACAGGGUCUAGAGGAGCUUGUUCGAGAUGGAAUGGUAUAGGAGUUACUUUUAUAUUGGUGUCAUACAUUCUGAAAUACAAACUUUUUUUUUUAUUUUUCAAGAAUAAGACAUUAUUUUGGGAGGUAAGAUUUGAUCACCUUCUUCUUGUUAGAAAUAUUUGCUGUAAAUUUUGCGCAGGUAGGUGAUCAAUCCCCGAAAAUGUCAAUUGUGCACUCCAAAAAAAAAAAAAUAUUGUUAGAUGAUAUUCGUCUUGUUACAGGUGUGCUCAUCUUCCAUAUUUAGUGAUACAUGUUUGUCAUAUUUUUCACUUUUAUGGAUACUAAAGAGGUGGGUUCUCUUC